AUUUAUUAUUUUUUCUCUGGCCAAUGUGUCUCUGCCCCAUUGUCUCAUUCACUCAUGUUCCCUUACUCUCACGAGCGUGGAUUUAUAAUUGAUGGAUAGUUAUUUGCAUACACCAUUGGCCAGCAGCACGAUGCUUUCACGCUCCAUGCCGGCGACGUCGCAUAUGAUGAAGCCGCCCAUUCGAGCUAUACCUGAAUCUAAUCCGGAUGUUGAUUGCAAAGCAUUGCUGACUCCGGACGGUACUUACCGAUUGCAGCAAGAAGUCUAUUUUUCCACCAUUCCACCCCAGUAUGCCACGGGAACCCAUGCCAGUCUCAUAGAAAAUGAAAGGAAAAAGUCACCCAGCCAAGGUUCGUGCGAUGCAGGCGUAGCGCGGACUUUCAGUCGAUCACCUGCCUUUGAAGGCUUACCGGAACACACCGAACCGGUAUUUCACGUUGGAGGAGAAGAGGAAAACGGGUUGGAAUCAGACGCAGGUCCCGGCAUCUUGCCUCAAUUGCUUCUUGCCGAGAACAAGGACAUUGGUUCACCCGGUAUCAAUAUUACCACACCUUAUAAUGUCCCAACCCUGGCCGACCCAGACAUUCCUACCGCAUCCCGAACCCUGACGCGAUCAUCGUCCAUGUCCAGCACGGACGGAAGCAGUGAUCUGUCACCGUCCCCAUUAUCGCAUAGUACUUCUGUCGCCAGUACCAACUCCUACUUCCCCGAAAUCAUGUCUCCCACCAACAGUCGCCGUUUCCCCAAUUCCUAUGUCGAUAUAGAACGAUCCCAAACCAUGUUUCUUUCCACAACGAGAGAGACCAACGCGGACGACGAUCAUUUACCCAUCACACAAACCUUUAGUCAUGGAUGGAGUGUGGGCUCAUUUUCAUCAUUUUCGCACCACGGCUCCCAUCACCAUGCUCAUCACCAUCACCACCACCACAACCACAACCAUCAUCACCCAUCUCGUCACCAUAUCAAACGACCGAAAAAUAGUCUUAUUAAAUCCAAAUCCAGUUUGAUUGAACGUGUCGUAGUGUACGAACAGUUACCCAAAGUACUCGCCUCACGAUCGCCUAGGGAUCGGUAUCUCUUUUUCAAUGUCGGGUCCAAUUUUAUUUGGAUGGAUGCCAAUGAUCAUCCCAAGGAACCACUGACGCGGAUCGUUUUUUCUGGAGGUCAUCCUACUUGCCACGAUGUGAAUGCGAUGACGAUGAGUGAUGAGCAUAUGGAUGUGAUUAUUGGAUUCUCGUCGGGGGACUUCAUAUGGUAUGACCCCAUCAAUACCCGGUACUCUCGGUUGAAUAAGAAUGUAAAUUGAAUCUUUGAUUUUUGUCAUUGCUGUGAUCACCCGUUACUUGGCAAAAACUCACGCGAACAUGUCAUAGGGUUCCAUGAAUGCUUCAGCGGUGACGAUGGUAAAAUGGAUCCCUGGUUCCGAGGAUCUAUUUAUGGCUUCUUUUCGCGAUGGAUCCGUCAUGAUUUUUGACAAGGAUCGAGAUGAUCAACCUUUUACACCUUCCGCACCGAGAUCGUGGGCCGAAGAGCAAUUUCAGGU